UUUGUCUCACUUACGCGUGUCGUUCGGUCGAUCGGGUUUUAGUAGAUGUAAAACCACCAAUCAACAUUGCCACUAUAGUGUAAUAGAUUUGCUAGAGCUGUAACACACUUGAGCUGGAACCGAAUUUUAUGCUGGAAACAUUACACAUCGUAUGAAUCAGAUAAAAUUGAAAGUUGUCUUAAUGUCGUGUACCUGCAACAAGUGUUCUGGUUUCCGGGAAUAAUCGUGCCAUCAAAAUCUAGUCUGCCUCACAACUGAUCGCCUAGCGUUUCGUGAUAACAACGAUUUAAUCUCCAGUUCAACAUGACGGAUUACACUCAAACGGCCACGGUCACCCAGACAACAACGGUGACUCAACCGUACAUCCGGUACGACCCAGCUUACGUUAGAACCAUUCCCGGUAUUAUCAAAAUUGUGUGCAUCGUAUUGAACCUGAUAGGGUUCAUCUGCAUAGAAGUGUCGUACUUCAGCUACCACUCGAGAGGAUCCUUCUUCAACACAGUGGCAAUGAUGGGAUUCUGGUUCACAGGCAUUAUGCUAGUCUUCUAUUUGUUUCACGUGUGCGAAAAGUUUCACAAGAUUCCGUGGUUAAAAAUAGAAAUGUACUUCUGUGCGGCAUGGGCCUUGCUCUACAUGCUGGCCUCGUCACUUGCGGCCGCAACCAAUGUGGAGGCGUUUCUGGCAGCUGCGUUCUUCGGUUAUUGUGCGAUGAUUGCAUACGGGUAUGAUGCAUUCCUGAAAUACAAAGCCGUCCGCUCUGGUGAAAUUGCUCAGGGCGAUCGAGCCGUCCAUGUAUCGCAACAGCAACAGACAAUCUCAACCGUCACGACUUACUAGAGAGAGAGAGAAAGAGAGAGAGAGAAACGGUGACAUCAGCAUUUUCCGCAGCAUUUUGCACUCAAACCGUAGAGGAGGUAUUCGUUUUUACGAAAUAGAUAAAGUUUUAUAACUUUUAGAAAACAUCUCACCCAGUCAACUCACCAGUUCGUAGAGCGUAUGUUAAUUGUAAAUUAUUUCGUUUGAUUAUUGUUAGUGCGCUAAUAGAUUUUACAGGGUUCUGAAAAAACUGAAUUUACUCAAAAUUUCAAUAGAUUGAAUCUCUAGUGAGUAUAAUCUGAGGAUUUCUUGUUACAACUAGUAUUAUGCUUAUAAAAUCAGAUUGCGUCCUUCAUUUUUGAAUAAUUUAUCUUUUGUACAGUCAAUUUUUCAAACAUAAUAUGAAUAAACCGUGUAUGCUUUAUUCGUGUAACAAAAAGUCUAAGCAUUGUGCAAUUUAUACAAAACUAAAUACAACUCCACCGUCAAAAGCGCCUUAAAUGUAUUUCACAAUAUAAAAGUAGCCCAGUUGGCAAUUGAAUCACCAAAUACAUAUAUUUAUGAAACAACUCGCCAGAAUAAGGCGCAUGUUUUGAAAAAUAAUUGCAUAACGAGAAAAUAAAAUUGAUAUAUGAAAAAACUUUGUAUCAACACUUUGAAAUGUAUUGAAUAAAACCAAAA